AUGUCAAAUGUAUCCUUGGAGAUCCCGGAUUGCAUAGCGACUUGGUUGAAGAUGUUGACUAGACAAGAUUGGGUCAAUGGAAGUGUCGACAUUGCCGUUGCUGAAGCUGAAGUGGACGAAAAUAAUUCUGUUCCUGGGAUUGAUGCAACUGAUCAAGAAAAGAUUGAAUUCCUCACUAAUAAGGUAGUGUCUCUUGAAGAAAGAGUGAAGUACCUUGAAGGUCUUUUGAACAUUCGUGGAGAAACUGUGAAGGAAACUGAGAAGUCAAAAGAAACUGAAGCCGCCACAAAAACCAAGGUAAAUGGACAGAAUGCCGAUUAUGAACUUGAUGAAAAUGAAGUUUUAGGAGUUUAUAUAGAUGCCAAAAGAAAGGAAAUCGCUAAGAGAAAGAAGAAUGGUGUAAGACCUCCACGUGAAGUAGGACAUCAAAAUGAAGAUGAUGCAGAAGUCGAAGUCAAUGAAAAACAGACACAAGAGGAAGAGGAGCAACAACAAGAGGAUGAUACAAAAGUCAAUACAGAUGUGGACGUCGGUGCUAAAGAAAGUGGAUCUGAAAAGCCCGUGAAGGGUACAAAGAAACGUGGAAGAAAGGAUGGAGAGGCAAAUGAGAAUGCAUCUGAAAAGCCCGUGAAGGGUACAAAGAAAAGUAAAAGAGGAACUAAGGAUGGAGAAGCAAAUGAGGAUGCAUCUGAAAAGCCCGUGAAGGGUACAAGGAAAAGUAAAAGAGGAACUAAGGACGGAGAAGAAAAUGAGGAUGCAUAUGAAAAGCCCGUGAAGGUUACAAGGAAAAGUGAAAGAGUAACUACGGGAAAGAAGAAAGGUGUAACAACCCCACGUGAAGUACAACAACAAGUAGAAGAUCAUGCAGAAACCAAUGAAGAUGGAGAAGGGAAUGAGGAUGCAUCUAAAAAGCACCUUAUAAAGGAACACAAUGUUGGCACCCCCAAAUCGAAAAAACAAAAGAAACAAUUUGAGAAAGAUUCAGCUGAUGAUGUGAUAGGAAGUGUUUUGGAAGAUUUUAAAAAAGCCGAUUAG